AUGGCGGGCCAACAGCAGCAGAUUAUGGAUACCAUCUUCAGCAUGAAGAGGAAGAUGCUGCGAAAAGACGACUCCGACACAGAAGACUCCGAAACACCCUUAAACAGCAACAAGCAGGAUUUGAGGCGCAAGGUCCAUUAUGCGCGCGCCAGCGACCCAGACUUCCUUUCUGACCCGCGACCGUACAAGAAGCGCAUUGAGCACGCCGGCUACCACAGGUCCAUCCUACAGCGCAACCCUCCACGAUACGAUGCGGACGGUGAUGUUGUCGAAGUCGAAGAAGACUACGAAGACGAGGAAGAUGUGGAGGCUGUCGAGGAGAAUCCUUACGGCAACAUACAGCUCGAGAGCCUUCUUGCGCCGCUCACCUCCGCCGCCGAUCUACCCAACCAUCCUGCCCUGAGCGUAGCAUACUCCUCUCGACAUCUCACAGACCUCGCGAGCGAAGCUGGAGCCCUCUCGCGGAAAGAGCAGGUCACGAACGCGCGGGCGAAGACUCUAUUCGUGAAACUGCAGGGCGACUCCACGUUUGCGCCAGCUGCCCUGGCUGCUAUGGGCAGGGCACCGUUCCAGGAGCCAUGGGCUAGCAGCGCAAAUGGGCGCGCGGGCGAAGGAGAGCAGCAACACCACGAUGCGGAAAUGCGCGAAACCAUAGAAAGUCCCCAUGACGUAGACAUGGAGGAUGCAGGCCAGCCAAAUGGCACUAGUCGACAGACCGAGACCAACGGCGACACGAGUUCAGAGAGGGUCAAUGGCGCACAUUCUGUGACCAACGGAACGCACGCAGGAGAUGCAGAGCAGGCGCAAGAGAAUGGAGAAGGAACGCCCGAAGACGCGUCCGAUACCGCGUCGCAACAGACGCAUAGGAUGACGACACGCAGACGAGCACAGGCGCACGCAGCCUCGACUCCCUCCCCACCUCAUUCACCCUCGAGCGGUGUCGGCGCAAUACAUCCUCUCUUCAUACAUCCGUCGGAUUCGUUGCCAGACCGCGACUUUGGUCUUCCGCCGAACGAAGCCGAGGAGACGCGCAUGCUCCUCAUGGCCUACGUACAGAAACAGGAGGAGGUCGCACGGAUAACAUCCGACUUGUAUCAAGGCCUGCUACAAGCCGACCGCAUGAGGCAGGAUGUAUACAAGUGGUCAAAAGCGGAAGGCCAUGUAGGAGAGAUGAGCGAUGGCGAGGACUGGUAUGACCCCGAGGAGUGGGAGUUGGAUGGUGAACUCGCAAAGGGUCGAGAUGAAGAGGAGGACGAUACAGCCGUGGCUGGCAAGAAGAGCACAAGGCAACGGCGGAAGCCGGACAAGGAUGAUCGAUAG